GAGGGGACAGCCACAACUAUAACCUUGGCUACAAAGAGACGCUGAAUGCAGUACGCUACACACUGACAGCCCCUUGCACAGCACAUACUAUGUACAAACAGACAGACAAUACAGUCCAAAAAAGAGAGUUCCAGGGUGCAGAGUGCACGGAAGGCACGGAACGGGGUGUCGCUUUGUCAGUGGACAUGACUGAAUGAAAUAUAAUAAUCCAUACCCGAGUGAACGGACCUAAUCACUUGAAACACCGAGCUAGAGAAGCAUGCCUUCACACGCCCAAUCCCGACGGAUCACGUAAGCCCGGAACCCGCGGGGGAAGAAGGUCCCCCUCUCAUCCCCGACAACGUCCCCGACCCACCCGAGGACGAGGGCCCGGCUUGGCACAUAGUGCUGGACCACGAAGGGCACGGCGUGGGUCCGGACCUGAUGGGAGGCGAUCGCUUGUCCUUGAGCUCGGAGCACGGACGUGAGGGAGACUUCAAGUUCUCGCCCAGUCUCUAUGCGCAACGCUAUGAUGCAGCCUUGGAUAUCUUAAACAAGCCCGAAUGGGCCAUGGGCAUGAAAAAGGUGGUUGAUUUUGGUUGCUCAGAAUGGCAGUUCUUUUGUCGACUUAAGCAGCUCAAAUAUACGCGAGAGGUGGUAGGGGUGGAUGUGGACGAGGAGCUGUUACGACGGAUUCGGAGGAAGAUCCGCCCCUUUGCCAUGGACUACAUCCAACCACGCACCUACUGUCCUUUAGACGUGUUCCUUAUGGCCGGAUCCAUGGUGGACUACGACACUCGACUUCAGAAUGUGGACGCCAUUACGGCCAUUGAAGUAAUCGAGCACCUGCACCCCGAGGUCCUGGCCCAAGUGCCGGCCAACAUCUUUGGUCGUCUCCAACCCAAAUUGGCCAUCUUCACUACGCCCAACUCCGAGUUCAACGUGUUGUUUCCCAAUUUCGAGGGCCCCUUCCGUCAUUGGGAUCACAAGUUUGAAUGGACUCGAGCUGAGUUUCGAGAUUGGUGUCACGAUAUCACGGACACGUAUCCAAAUUACUCAGUUGUCUUCUCGGGUGUGGGCUUCGGCCACAGUGAUUCGGCCUUGACCCUCGGACCUUGCAGUCAAAUUGCGACCUUUGUCAGACAAGACUUUGAAGAAAUGUCUCGAAACGGUCUAUUCUUGGACCUUUCGGCCGAAGACGGCCUUCUCAUAGAUGAUAUUGCUCAGGCCAACCUCACUCAACCGAUGCCCUACGAAGUGAUCGAGAAAGAAACCUAUGUGUUCAAAGCCGAUAAUCGAACCGUACACGAGAAGAUCCUAGAUGCUUGCCAGGGCCAUUUCAACUCCGUAAUGUACAAUAUAGACUACGCCUACGUCCGAAUGGAAGAAAAUGAAGGCAACCCGGACUUCGACCCCUAUUUGUACACAUUCAGCAUUCAAAGCCUCAUUGAAGCGUGCGACUUACAGCAAAUGGAGGAUAUUAGCCCCGAGCUCGUCAAAUCUUCAUUAGUGUCAGAAGGAUACCAAGUGGAUAACGAAUACACCGUCCAAGUGCGAAAAACCCCUUGGCCCGAUUCUGACGAAAAUGACGAUGAAGACGAUGAACUUGAGCAGCCGGAACCCAAUGAAGAGCAAUUCCAAGAUCCAGUGGAAAUCGUUGAAGAGGAAUCCUGGGACUGAGGCUAUCUGGCCAGACAUUUCCAUCGUCGACGGAACACUCUGGCAGGAUUCAUCCAUCCCCACCACUCGGCAUCAAAAAAGGGCGCACACUCUCACGAUCUGUUGACUUGAACCUGGCAAUGACGUUAGUUCUUUUAUUCUCGCUUUCCUCAAUCCCCAAUCCUACCUCAGUUGCAUUCUCAAAUACAAGUUCGAACGUACGGUACAUGGUGGUAA